AUGGAUGUAUUGAAACUCAACAAAGAAUUAAAAAAAGCUGUGUUAGAUGAAAAUUUUGAGAGAGUUGCAUAUCUUCUCGAAAAUGGUGCUAACGCUACUUAUCGUGUUAAUACCGAUGCAGGUAAUUUAUUACAUCACACUAAUAAUGUACAAAUUGCGUCAUUAUUGAUCGAUAAAGGUGCAAAAAUAAAUGCACGGAAUCGAUAUAGGAAGACGCCGUUACACAUUGCUGUUGAAAACAACAAUUCAGAAUUAGUUUCUUUACUUCUUAAAAAUGGCGCUUCCAUGUCAGAUGUGGAAGUUAUAUGCAAAAAGAAUGCCCUUAGCGUCGCUAUAUCAAACAAUAACUUAACAAUUGUAAAACUUUUAGUUGAAUCUGGCUGCAAUAUUCAUGAACCGAUGAAUAUGUUUCUUGAUAACACUCUUCAUUUAGCUUUGAGAACAGCUUUGAAUGGCUUUUUUGGAAAUAAUGAAAUGAUAUUAUAUUUGCUGGAAAAAGGAGCUGAUCCGACUGUACCAGAUUCUGACAAACACUACCCUAUUCAUUUAGCCCUGAAAAAUAAAAACUGUUCUCCAUCGAUGAUAUCAAAACUUGUCAAGUAUGGUGCUGAUAUUGAUUGCAAAGACAGUGUCGGUAACACUCCUCUUCACUAUGUUGUAGGUACUUUUAGCAAUGUUGACCUUCUUAGGGUUGUACUCAAGCAUUCACCCAUUUUAAAUUCUUUUAACAAUGAUGGUCUCAAUCCGUUACAUGUUGCUUUAUGCCACUGUGCAGAGCCAGACAUUAUUAGGUUAUUGCUAUCGUAUUCUGAUAGUACUAAUGUUUACGAUAUAAAUUAUUUCCAGGACUGUGUUCCAGUAGUUCUGAUAAAUUCAUUUCGAUCAGGAAAGUUUGUAAAUGUCUGUGACAAAUUAUUAAAUUCACCUUUAUAUAUAGCUGUUGGUAAAAUUAAAUAUCUUAGUAUUGAUGUUAUAGAAGAACUAUUACAACAUGGUUAUCAUCCAUUGGAAAAUGAAACUGGAGCUAAAAAUAAUGAUACCAUCAUGAAUGAUGUCUUCAAAUUGCUUGUAGAAUAUGCUGUUAUUAAUCAUAAUGUUGAGGAAUUCCUCGACAUUGAUCUCUUCGAAAAUAGCAUUGAAGCGUACAUAAAUCUCUGCCAAACUGAAAUUUCUUUACUUGAAAAAGAACUUGGUUUAUCUUUGCUUGAACUUUCUAACCUCAGAAGUACAAAUAGUUCUUUACCUACUGCUUUGUUAAAUCAAAUGAUUGAGAUUGCAACAGGUUAUAAGUUUCCCAUUUAUAAACCUUUCAUUCGAGCACAGUUCAAAAGGUCUGAGCUAUUAAAUAUGCUUUUAAAACAAAAGAUACUUGUAAAUGACAGAAACCAACAAAAAACUGUUUGUCUUGACUGGGCAUCUGUAUCUCAUCUAGCUAAAUAUUUAACCAAUUUAGACUUACUUAAUUUAACAGCUACUUAUUAUAAGUUCACUAGCAUUAGCUCCAAGUUUAAAAUAAAUAAAAAUAAUAAGUUUAAUCAACACCUCUUGUGUAAUCCUUGUAAUUAUGAUAAUAAGCGACUCAUAAUGUGCUCCGAGGAUGAUAUAAGCAUGCGUAAUAAUUAUUUCUAUGGCAAACAACAAAUUAAGCAUUUUGACUUGCUAUGUGUGCCAUUAAAUGACAAGUUUGUAGGAAUUGAAGGUAUGGCUCAAUGUACAAAUUUAAAUGUAAUUGAUGGGUGUCAGUGUUCCUUGCUGCUUAAUGCAAUUCAAGAGUGUAAAUCUGUGGAGAUUGUUGAAUGUUUGUUAAAACUAGGAGCUGAUAUUUUUACUGUGACAGAAAAAUCUUUUGAUAAUGCCUUACACAUAGCCUUACAAGGUAUACAUAGCAAUACUCUUAUUAUUAUGAGAAUUUUACUGAGAUAUGGCUCAAAAGCUAAUAUCUGCAAUUAUGCCAAGAAAGCAAAAUUUCUACCUGUUGAAAUUGUGAAGUCAUUGAAAUCUAGACUCUUUGUCAAUAUAGUGAAUGCUAAUGGCGAUACACCGAUGCAUUUGGUAUUGCAACAUUCACUUAACAACAGCAUAAAAGAUAUUAUUAUUGAGUUGUUGCUUUAUGGUGGAGAUUUAACAAUGAUGAAUAAUUUAGGCAGAAAUCCUAUAUUUUAUUUUGCUGCAAGAGUUCAGGAAAUACCACCUCAUGAAAUCAAUCAAAUGGACAUUGCAAAAAAAUUAAUGAAAGUAUUUAUCAAGUUUAGUGCCAUAAAAAACAAUUUUGAUUCUCAGAUGUUCAGUCCUUUACAUUUAUUUUUCAAAGAUUCAUAUAUAUGCAACUGGACAUUGGAUUGCAAACAUGAAUUAUCCUUGCUUGAAAAAGAGACAGUUUCUGACUCUUAUAUUCUGAAUACAAAAACCUGUGAAGAUAAAUGUGUGUUGUCGCAUAUGCUUGAUAGAAUUUUUGAAAUAUGUGACAGGCAUGAGUAUCCAAUUUAUGAAGAACUUUUAGUUUCUAAGAUUAGCAAAUCAGAUUUGUUGAAGCGAUUGACUAAACUUGUGCUUAAUAAGCUGCCUUAUCAGAGAAAAACUAACUUUGCUAUUUUGUCAAUUUUACCUUAUAUAACACAAUAUUUAAACAAACAAGAUCUUUUGACUUGGGUUAUAGCAUUUGCUGUACAAUCUAGUCUUAAAGCACCCCUUUUAAAGUGCACUAGUCUAAAACGUUCCAUAUGUGAUUCAUCUUCCAAUGGAAACUAUAUAGUCCCAAUAAAAGCUAUAAAGUUUUCAAAUGAAUGA